AUGGUGGUUGAUGCCAAAGGUCGUGGGGGCAAGGGCGGGGCGGUGAGCCUCUCCUCGCUGGCUUGUUCCGCUACAGGGUGCGGCCCCACCCGGAGGCUACGGAGCUGGGGGGGCCUGGCAGGGGGGGCCCUGCUUGCAGUCGUCUGGCUCCUGUGGCUGCUGGGGUCGGCCCCUAGGGGUGCGCCAGCACCCCAGCCCACAAUCACCAUCCUUGUCUGGCACUGGCCCUUCACUGACCGGCCCCCAGAGCUGCCCAGCGACACGUGCUCCCGCUAUGGCAUGACCCACUGCCGCCUGAGUGCCAACCGGAGCCUGCUGGCCAGUGCGGACGCCGUGGUCUUCCACCAUCGCGAGCUGGAGACGCGGCGGUCCCGCCUGCCCCUGGCCCAGCGGCCGCGCGGGCAGCCGUGGGUGUGGGCCUCCAUGGAGUCCCCCAGCCACACUCGCGGCCUCGGCCGCCUCCGUGGCGUCUUCAACUGGGUGCUGAGCUACCGGCGCGACUCGGACAUCUUCGUGCCCUAUGGCCGCCUGGAGGCCCACUCGGGGCCCUCGCCGCCGCUGCCCGCUAAGAGCGGGGUGGCCGCCUGGGUGAUCAGCAAUUUCCAGGAGCGGCAGCAGCGAGCGCGGCUGUACCGGCAGCUGGCGCCUCACCUUCGGGUGGACGUGUUCGGUCGUGCCAGCGGGCGGCCACUGUGCGCCAACUGCCUGCUGCCCACCGUGGCCCGGUACCGCUUCUACCUGUCCUUCGAGAACUCGCAGCACCGCGACUACAUUACCGAGAAGUUCUGGCGCAACGCGCUGGCGGCGGGCGCCGUGCCUGUGGUGCUGGGGCCCCCGAGGGCCACCUACGAGGCCUUCGUGCCUCCUGACGCCUUCGUGCACGUGGAUGACUUUGGUUCGGCCCGCGAGCUGGCUGCUUUCCUCACUGGCAUGAACGAGAGCCGCUAUCGACACUUCUUCACCUGGCGUGACAGGCUCCGGGUACGGCUGCUGGCCGACUGGCGGGAGCGCUUCUGUGCCAUCUGUGCCCGCUACCCCCACCUGCCCCGAGGCCAGGUCUAUGAGGACCUGGAGGGCUGGUUCCAGGCCUGAGCUCCCGCUGGCCAGGGGAGGGGGAUGUGGGUGGAAGGGCUGAAUGUCGCAACCAAACCACCAAGCAUCCGGCCCCCAGCAGCAGCCAUAGGGCUAAAGGGAGGCUGGGGUCAGAGGCCAGGAAGUGAGGGUGAGGGAGGAGCAG